AUGCAAGCAAGGCAUUCAGCGCCGAGCAAGAACGAAGGUCGGGGAGCCCGACGCGGCGGCAAUGGUCGUGGACGCGGGGCUAACAAUGUCCAGUGGGGACAUCAUGAUGAAGGCAAUGGCUACGAUCGAGUGGCGUUUGCAGUCUCGUUCGAAUGUGGAGUUUCGACGAGCAAGGACGUGUCUGGAAUGUGGGCCGUCGACAGUGGUGCAACGCACCACAUUUGCCACGACAAGACCAAGUUCGCAAGUUUGGCAGAGCGCAAUGAGGGCGAACUCUUGGUGGCUGAUGGCAACAAGGUGGCCAUCAAGGGUGUGGGAACCAUCAUGGAAAAGGUGGUUCUGCCCAACGGUGAAGAGCGUGAGAUCGAAAUCAAGAACGCGCUAUAUGUUCCAAGUAUGAGCAAGAACCUGCUCUCGGUUGAUGAACUUUAG